AUGACCCUUCCUAGUGAAAUCGAUUGGUUGAAAGCAAAUUCGGACAUGAGAGGUCUUCCCUCUCAUCGACAGGACAAAUCUGGUGAACGAUGUUUUCGCUUUAGUAAAAAACUAGCUCCAAUUAACUCCAUCUACCCCACAUGUAGCUCUGGCCAUGUACCUUUGGAAACCGCUCUUAAUUUAUUAUUGUACAUCGAGAGAGAAGAAGAUUACUAUCCUUGGUUUACGAUGUACGAAAAAACAAGCUCCAUAAUUAAAAAUUUCUCGUCUAAUUCAUACUACAGAGAAUUCACCGAUGUUAUAGACAAAGUUAUGAUGCCCUACUUAAACAAACUUGGCUGGGAUGACAGCGGAGAUUCCAAAACGAGGGAGAUAAGGAUACUUCUAACAUCGUUAGCUGCCGAAAUGGGUUUCAAGGAACAGAUUGGUUGGAUGAUGACAGCUUAUUGGAAGAUUUUCGGUAGUUCAAAGAAAGCACAUCCAUUGUUAGAGAAGCACGUGUAUAAGUACGCAGUGAGAUACGGAGGGCAGGAAGUGUGGAACCAUGUCAUGAGCAUUUUCACAUCAACAAACGCUUCCACCUCUGAAUCGGAACUCUUUUUGAAAGCCCUGACAUACAGCACCAAUCAUUCGAAUAUAAACAGAUUGUUGGAACGGUCUCUGAACGACGACUUCAUGCAGGUCACACAGUUCCUCGUGUUAUUAAAGCUCAUUGGUGAGGAGCCAUCCACCAACAAACUUGGGUGGUUAUUUGUGAAGACGAAAUGGAAAGAAAUAGUUAAAAAGUAA